AUGGAGAAUGACAGAAGCAACCUUCUCGCCAGUCAACAGCAACCCUCUGAGACAGCUGGGUACGCUAGUACUGUAGAGCAGCAGCAGCAGCAGCGGCCUCCUCCCAACCGCAGAGUCGCCUACUCUGUCUUUACCAUACUGGGAGUCUUGCUGGUUGCCGGCCAGGCACUUACUGCCUAUUUCGUAUAUCAGCAUCAGAACCAGAUUUCCAAACUGACCGAGAACACCAGAGACAUGCAACUGAAAUUACUGGGCGACAGUCUUCCUCACAAAUCCAAGUCAGCUGGCCAGAUGAGAAUGCCAGUCGUCAUGCCAAUGAUGCCAAUGCUCAUGAAGGACCUACCUGGUGACGCAGAGUCUUCGGAGGAUGAAACCCAGCGGAGCAACAAGACUGAAGAUAUGGUUAAACGCUUGCUCCUGAUGGGAGACCCCACCAAAAAGUUUCCUAAACUGGAGAAAGCCUUCAUGGACAAUAUGAUUCAGCUGAGGAAAACCAUGAAUUACAAUGAUUGGAAUUCCUUUGAAAUCUGGAUGCACAAAUGGCUGCUGUUCCAAAUGGCCCAGACUAAAGAACCAGAAGAAGUUGCAGCAGUCAAAGUGCAAACCAAGUGCCAGGCAGAAGCCAGUUUCAAGGGCAUCUAUCCAGGAAAGUUCCGCCCCCAGUGUGACGAAAAGGGCGAUUACCUGCCCAAGCAGUGCAAUCAUAGCACUGGGUAUUGCUGGUGUGCCUACAAAAAUGGGACCGAGAUUGAGGGUACCAAAAGUCGUGCACGGCUGGACUGCACUGGGAUGCUACAGAGUUUGGAUCUUGAAAAUGGGACAUACUCAGGACAGGAUCUUCUGCAUCUCAUCUGA